CCAUGAGGGCCUCCGUUGCCAUGGUGAUGUUGUGGGUGAUGAUGAUACGAGCAGAUGUGAAGCCGCAGAAAGACUUCAGUCUACAGAAGUUUUCUGGGAGGUGGUUCCGUGUGGGCCUGGCCUAUGACUCUCCAGGAUUUGUGCCCUACAGAGACAAAAUCAGUGCCUCCAUGGGCAUCAUUACCCCACUGCCCAAUGGCAAUGUAAACCUCACAAUGUGGGAAGCCACACCUAUAGGCUGUAUGAUUAAAAAGUAUCAGUAUGACAAAACCAACGUUCCCGGGCAGUUCAACUACUUCAGCACACGUCACAACAUGAUGAAGGAUGUGACCGUGGUGGACACAAACUACACCGACUACGCACUGGUUCUAAAGCACAAGGUCUUCCACAGGGAGUACACGCAGGUGGCCCUUUACGGUCGCUCUCAGAGAGUCCGGAAUGACAUCCUACAGAAGUUCAAAGCCUUUGCUUUGUCCCAAGGGUUCCCCAAAGAGUCUAUUCUGACUCCUCCACCAGCAGAAAACUGCCCCCCCUCAGGAUCCACACGC